AUGCUAGACAUUGGACGCCUCGUACGCCUGGUUCUGAUAUUAGGCCUUGCAAGCACCACCUACAUUCUCUAUCGUGCGUGGGAGACACGUCGAGUCCGACGAGCGUUGGUACUACAGGCUGGCUGCAAAAAUGUAGCCCAGUAUCCUCAUGAAGACCGUCUUUGGGGUCACGAUCUCAUGCGUCAACGUCAAGAGGCAAUCAAAGAGGGCCGGCUCAUGCCUCUCUACGCCAAACAAUUCGCUACCUAUGGCAAGACGUGGGAGGAAAACUUCAUGGGCACUCGCCUUAUCAAUACUGCGGAUAAAGAAAAUAUUCAACAUAUAGCGACCACACCUGACCAUUUUGGCCGUAAUUUCUCCCAGCGCGGCAGAGUUGGCUGGCCGUUUACGGGGCGUAGCUUUAUCGACAUAUCAACAGAAUUCUUGUUUGGCAAGUCCAUGGACUCGCUACUUCCAGACAAUCCCUUUGACUAUGAGAAAUUCUACGCAGCACUAGAACGAUCACUCACCGGACUCAUGCAGCGGCGACAAGCAGGCAAUAUGCGCAGCAUUCGUUACGCAUAUGAUCCGGAGUGGAAACAAGCCUACAAAAAGGUACAUGCUUACAUAGACGAGCGGGUCGCAGAAGCAUUAGAAAAGACCUCAUCCUCCUCCUCACCAAACGAAGCCCCAGAAGGCAAACAAAGAAAAUACGUGCUUCUUCAGGAAAUGGCCAAGCAGAUCCGCGAUCCUAUCGAGCUCCGCUAUCAAAUCAUCGGCGUUUUCCUUCCGGCCCGUGACACCACUUCCACCUUGCUCAGUAACGCUCUCUUCAACCUAGCCCGGAACCCGCACAUCUGGCAUCAAUUGCGCCAAACAGCACUGCAACUCGACCCGGAAAAGCUAACCUUCGAGUCUCUAAAGUCUCUCAAAGACUUCCGCAACGUCAUCUUCGAGACUCUCCGUCUCCAAGGCCCCAGCGGCCGCUCCCAAACCGCAGCGAAGCGCGACACCGUCCUGCCCCGCGGCGGUGGUGCAGACGGCCAGUCCCCCAUACUAGUAAAGCGCGGCACACACCUGUCUAGCAAUGUCUGGGCCAUGCACCACGACCCGGAUCUGUACCCCUCGCCCUUUGUAUUCAAGCCCGAGCGCUGGGCCGGAAAGCGCCAGUCCUGGGAAUUCGUGCCGUUCCUCGGGGGGCCGCGCAUCUGCCCGGCCAACCAGCAGGUCCUGACCUAUGCAACGUAUACGCUUGUGCGGCUCACGAGGGAGUACGCCGCGAUUGAAAACCGGGAUCCGGUGCUGCAGUAUGUUGAGUUGACGAAGAUGACAACGAGGAGUCGGAAUGGGGUUAAGAUUUCACUGAUAAGAUGA